UGUCAUCUGUGUGUUUGUCAAAAAACAUCGAAUUUUGGAGAAACGUGAGAAAUAGUAGCAUAUUUUUUUAGUUUCUUCACAAGGAAAUUGUGCAUAAUGUUCGUUUUUUAGUGCUUUCCACAUUUAAUCAAUUGCAUUGAAAAUGGCUCGCCACCGAAAUGUAAGAAACAGGAAUUAUUCAGACGAUUAUGACUACGACGAUGUUUAUGGACAUUCUGUGGAGGAUGAGAGUAUGUCUCCAAGUGAUGCAUCGCAGUGGAUGUAUGACCGAUCGCGCAAUCAGCAGGCAAUAGCGCAUUUUUUGGAGAGUCAUAAGGACAUACAGGAGGAGGCCGAGGAUGAGCCAGAGGAGACCCCGCGGCCGGGACUCGAUCGCCGCGAGUCCGUCGACCUGCGCAGCCUCAAGCUGGACGAAAAAGAUGAAGCAAAACUCAUGUCGUGUCUUGACGAACUGCGUAACGUACUGGGUGACAUGGUGUCUGACAAUAUUCUAAUACAAGCAGUACUGGACAAUAAAUUUGAUAUUGACAAAGCUCUUGACGAAAUAUUGAACAAAAAUAAGCCCAGACCAGCAGAGCCUAAAGCGGAACUGGUGAAGCCUCCCCCAGUAGUUCUUAUAGAUCCAGUUAAAGUUCCUGUUAUAUCAACAGAUACCCCAAAAGUAAUUGCUACUAAUAUUGAAACAAAGAGUACUGGUAUAAUUAAAGGCUUCAAAGUGCAACAGGAUAAUGGCUCAGGCAGCCGCUCUCAUACUCCUAGAGAGCUCUCUCCUGCAGUAGACAGAAUAUCUUCACCAAAGCCAGAGUUUUCUGAUGAUAAAGUAAUAGUAAAAGUUAAAGAGAACAAGGUAGAUCCAAAUCUUCAAUACUCAAACAUGAGGGGAUCGGAUAAGGAGCAUCUGUAUAUUGUUGUCAUUGGUCAUGUUGAUGCUGGAAAGUCGACUUUAAUGGGUCGUUUACUCUGUGAGCUCGGUGAAGUUAGUCAAAGAACUUUACACAAAUAUGAACAAGAGAGUAAGAAAAUGGGCAAACAAAGUUUCAUGUAUGCCUGGGUACUGGAUGAGACUGGUGAGGAGAGGGUCAGAGGAAUCACUAUGGAUGUUGGCCGGGCUCAGUUUGAAACAAAGACAAAGAAGGUAAUUAUUUUGGAUGCUCCCGGUCAUGCAGACUUUAUUCCCAAUAUGAUAACAGGUGCAGGACAAGCUGAUGUGGCAUUGUUAGUAGUAGAUGCAACUAGAGGAGAAUUUGAAUCUGGGUUUGAUUUUGGUGGGCAGACACGAGAGCAUGCAUUACUGGUGAGAUCUCUUGGUGUUAACCAGUUGGCAGUGGCUGUGAACAAAUUAGAUACAAGCAAUUGGAGCCAGGAUAGAUUUAAUGAGAUUGUGGUAAAAUUAAAAGUCUUUUUAAAACAAGCUGGAUUUAAGGAUUCUGAUGUGACAUAUGUUCCAUGUUCAGGACUUACAGGAGAAAACCUCGUGAAGCCUCCUAAUGAAGCUGCCUUACUCGAAUGGUACAAAGGCCCGUGCCUCUUAGACGUAAUUGAUAAGUUUAAGGUCCCACAGCGGCCAGUCUCUAAGCCUUUCAGGAUGUCAAUCAAUGAUAUUUUUAAGGGAACUGGCUCUGGUUUUUGUGUAGCAGGCCGCAUUGAAAAUGGCACCAUCAACAAAGGAGAUAAAGUACUUGUUUGUCCUACAAAAGAAUUGGCAGAAGUUAGAAGUGUAAGCAUUAAUGACAUGGCAAGUAAUAUUGCAUUUGCUGGUGAUCAAGUAAGUGUGACAUUGUCUGGCAUAGAUAUGCAGAAUGUGUCUGUUGGGUUCAUACUGAGUGACCCUGUUCAGCAAGUCCCAGUCACUACAAGAUUUGAAGCAAGGAUAGUUGUUUUUAAUGUAAAAGUUCCCAUCACAAAGGGAUUCCCAGUCUUAAUUCAUCAUCAAUCAUUGGUUGAGUCUGCAAAUAUUGUAAAAUUGAAGGCAUUAUUGAAUAAGAGCACUGGAGAACUAGUGAAGAAGAAGCCGCGUUGUUUGGGCAAUAAUUCUGUUGCUGUUGUUGAGAUUGAAGUGUGUAGACCUAUUUGCAUUGAGAGGUAUAAAGAUGUGAAGGAACUCGGGCGUGUGAUGUUGCGUGUUGCUGGAGUCACGAUAGCUGCCGGUCUCGUCACUAAUAUUUACAACACUUGAUCAAUGUAAAACAUGAUUACCUAGCUGCUUUUAAAUUGCUAUCAUGUCACUCUAAAUAUGUACGGUUACAAGUACUAAUAUGAAUCCACUAUGAAUCCAUGUCACAUUAACUUUUUUGACAAAUUAAACUAAGUCUCAUUAAAAUGUCAAAUAUGAUAGUGCGACAGGGUUCUAAAGUGGGUACAUAAUAUUGCUCAUGACUGUACAUGGCAGCUAGCAUUUGGAUUGUGAAUAGCUCGCAUCUUUUGGUCCUAGGACAUUUUAAUCGCACAAAGCUAACUUUAAUAUUGUACAAUAAUGUAUCGUGCUAUAUUAUAAAAAAUAUAAUGAUUAAUUAUUUUAUUUAUGUAUUUAAUGAUAAUUAAAGUUGUUGCCGCAGUUA